AUGACCAGGCUCCGAGGAGCUUCGAUGGAUUCUCCGGAUGUCGCGCGAUCUUCCGGAGGCAGUGAACGACAUCGAUUCUACCGGUCCAAGAUUCCGCUGAACGCGCCUGAUAUCAUUGUUCAAAAUACCAUUGACGUUCCUGAUACCGCUCGAGUGCUACCGCUGUAUCGAGAUGAGCGCAGACGGCGUUUCAACUUGUUGGUACGACGGUACAAGAAUCAACUCCUUUAUGGCUGUGAAGAUCCUGGAUGCCGCACUCCAACUUGCGCCAGUCGUCGCAAACGAACCAGUGAAGGACCGUACCGCCGGUACACAGAACUAAGCGCGCGAACCCUAGCCUGCUACCUUGCCAGCUUGGAUGAUGCGGAGAGUGGUCUAUGCUGCAAUACCCCGAAGUCUUCGCCCGAGUUGACGAUAUAUGAUUAUCAUCGAAUUUCCUUGCAACGAACUCGUGCGUACCAGGCGCAAGCGGCGGCGGCAAAAACCAACAGCCCUCCGCAGAUGGACCAAAACCAGAUUGAGAGGAAUACCGAGAAUGCGUUGGACUCAGUCACCACAGCCGAUCCUUUGGCAAUGGAAAACGGGGAGACUCGCCACAUCGCAUCGGCAGACCUGCAACCGAGUGUCCAGGACUUUCAGGAGCUUGAUUUCGCUGUCGAGCAGCAACUGAAGGAUCCCAAGUCUUUCACACAAAGCCUUUUUGAUACAAUAUCCCUACGCAUGGUAGAAUGGCUUCCGCUUCGUCGGGCAUCGGAUCCGUCUCAACCGAAGAAUAAGACCGCACCGAUUGGCUCUGCAGCGGAACCGUUGAAAAAGGAAAACCGCAAUAGCCGGGACUAUGCAGUGGUUGAAAGGCCUGAAAGAGGUCAUGGUCAGUUCGUACAGUCGAAUCAACCAAAUCCCCAUCCCCGUACGCCAUCGUCGCGUACCACAGGCACCAAUCACUCCGCGGUAGAACUGAAAUUUCAGAACCGCAAUGUCAAACGACUGUCAGUCACCGAAGUCGAGCACCGCCGUCAAAACUCACAGCUAAGCUUUGAGGACAAAUCACGCCCCGAGUACAAGAACAAGAAGUUGCCAGCUAGCUCUCAUCCAACCCCCAAUGAGUGCAGCCUGCCUUCUCCGCCAGUCUUGAAACACCGCCCACAAAAGCAUCGCGGGAGAACGGCAAAUGCGGAUAGCGUCUAUACGAAAGAGCAACCCAAAAAUCAACGCCGCGUUUCUUGGGACGGGGAGAAGAUUUUGAACCACGCCGCUGUUGGGGGAAGUCCAAUGAAGCAACCUCCUCUGUCUCAUCGAGUUUCACUGGAUACUGAACCCACGAGGGAUUGCAAAAUAGUCAAGAGUUCCCUUCGUCCGCCACGAGAGCCGGCCCCGUCGGUACAGACCGUCACCCAUCUCACGCCUGAGAUAAUUGAUGGACUAAGCCAGAUCAUAGUCGAGUCCGAAGAGGAAGCUGAAAGCUGGAAAGAGGAAAUCGAUCGAAUCCAAUUUACUGGGAGUUUCGAGAACCCCGAUUGGCGAUAUGCGACUCUUCGCCAACGCGAGGUAUUCCCGUUCAUUGCCCAAAGUGUCUUUUUUGUGUUCAGCAGCACGAAGGAAAUUCUGCAUUCUUUUGAAAUGGACCGCACAUUUUUUGGUCCAUCAACGCAAAGCCUGAUGGAUAUUCGUCUGGAUAUCCCGCGACUGCGCAUAUCCCUACAACGGCUGUUCACUGUUUGCCCAUGGGACAUCGCUUUACAUAGUCUGUGGGGCGCCUUGGAAAAGUUAUUUGCUCCCCCGGAGGAUUUCAUAUCCUCUACUCGGGCCUCGCGUCGUUCAUCUCGUAGUUCGACCAUGAUCGGGCCCGCUGCUUCCCCAGUCGUUCGACGACUGUCUGAAUCCGUUCCCGAUGAGCAUCUGUCGGACGCCGAGGCUGCUCAUAUUGCUACCAUUGCUCUUUUCGUUUUGGUCAGCUCUGUACCCAAUCUUGACAUAGGUACUUGGCGAAGUAUCCUUCAAAUGCGUGCCGCGGGCACUGCUGCUGCACCCGCGGAUAUGUGCAAAUUCCCUCCCGAACAUGCCCAGCAAGUUGUCGAGGUUACCGACAAGCUCGAACAUGAACUGGGCCUUCGCUUGGUUAAUCGACUUGUUCGUGCCCUUACUGCGCGUCUUGCUUAUCAUGAGAUAUCAAAGGCGCGCCAAGCCUACAAUAUGGACAUACCUAAACAACGACGGCUGAACGUGCUCGACCUUGUGUUGGAAAACCUCAGUCAGCAUCACAAUUUUGUGGAUUCUAGUACUCAAGACACAGAAUUUCACUCAGCUGGCCCGGCCUCUCUCAUCGUCGAAUGGCUCCAUGCCACGCAGCAGCCCCCCGGGGGCGCCGUACAGAUCCUUGCUUCAAUGUACAAGGAGCGAAACCGGCUCGGCCUUGUUCCUGAAGACUUCCACACCCCCCUUCUCGCAGAGCGGCUGGACCCUCUGGAAACGCCCGUGGCAUGGGUGGGUCGCUUAUCAAACAACCGAACCAUGCAUCUACUGUCAUACUCGUUUCUGUUUCCUCCGUCAUCCCUUGUCAUCUACUUCCGUGCCUUGAAUUACUCCGCCAUGUCCAAAUAUUACGAGUCUGCCAUGACGACCACUAGGCAUGUCACCCAGACCGCUUUCGGGGCCAUCCACAUUGCCGACGAUGGCGGACUUCUGGCCCGCAUGAAAACCUCCAUGUCUACAUACCUCGUCCUUGUGGUCCGUCGCGAUAAUGUUCUCAUGGAUGCUUUGAAUCAGCUAUGGCGGCGAGAGAAGCGAGAGUUGAUGCGUCCGCUGAAAGUACAGAUGGGGAUGGACGAAGGAGAAGAGGGGCUGGACCACGGUGGAGUUCAACAGGAAUUCUUCCGUGUGCUCAUGGCUGAAGCCCUCGAUCCCUUCUUCGGCAUGUUCACCAUGGAUACUCGCCAUCGUGUGUCUUGGUUCCGCCCUUGUUCCUGGGAGCCUCUUUACAAAUUCGAACUCUUGGGUCUUCUGAUGUCAAUCGCGGUGUACAAUGGACUCACCCUCCCGAUCAACUUCCCGAUGGCGUUCUACCGAAAGCUGCUGGGGCUUAAGGUGAAGCACUUGGACCAUAUUCGAGACGGAUGGCCGGAACUUACACAAGGUCUCGAGGCGCUACUUGGAUGGGAAGAGGGCGACGUUGGGGAUGUUUUUAUGCGGACUUACGAGUUCAGUUUCCAAGGGUUUGGCCGCAUCGAGACCAUCGACAUGCAGAAAGUCGGCCGUGAUGCCGUUGGGCCACUCCUCGCUAAGGUGGUUGAUCAGGGUCCGAUUGAAUCUUCCGGUGCCUGGUCCGACGUGUCUCAUUAUCGUGACCCUGCAGCGGUGAGCCCACCGUCGUCCAUGGCGGCCGGGGCAGCCGACGUUACUCCCUCCCAUUCUGUCUCAGGAGAAACAGCUAAAUCGAUGCCGGACUCUUUGUCUCUGCAAUCUCCAACACCACCUGCCGACGAGGCCGCCUUCGUGACCAACCACAACCGACAACAAUUUGUCAAGGACUAUAUUUUCUGGCUCACAGAUAAAUCCAUCAGACCACAGUUUGAUGCCUUUGCGCGAGGGUUUAGUACAUGCCUUGACCGCUCGGCUCUGUCAAUCUUCACUCCCGAAGCGUUAAAGACCGUUGUCGAGGGCAUUCAGACCAUCGACGUGCAAGAGCUCGAGAGCCAUGCGCGGUACGAAGGUGGUUUUGGUCCUGACCAUCGCGUCAUCCGUGACUUCUGGAGUGUUGUACAGCAGUAUCCGGCCGAGAAGAGGGCGCAGCUCCUGGAAUUCGUCACCGCCAGUGACCGGGUCCCAGUCAAUGGGAUUUCGAGUAUUAUGUUCGUGAUCCAGAAAAACGGCGUCGGCGAUCUGCGUCUCCCGACUAGUUUGACGUGUUUCGGGCGCUUGCUUCUCCCGGAGUACUCGUCCAAAGAAGCGUUGGCCGAGAAGCUGGACAAGGCACUAGAAAAUGCUCGGGGGUUUGGCGUUGCAUGA